UUAAUCACACUCAUUUCCUUUUAUUUUUGUAACCCAUAAAUCUUAGUUGUCUCUGUCAUACUCAUCUCUUCCAUGUACCCAGCAAUAAGUGCUAUGGGAAUAAUUGGUGUCUCCAAGAACUGAAUUUUAUCUGCAAUUUGGGUUGGUCUUCUAUUUCCAAUUUCUGGGUUUGAAUUCUUUUGCUACAGAAAAAUGAGUACAGAGGAAAAGCCUGUGAAUGAGGAAAAUGAAGCAGGUUCUUGCAGACGAACAGUUUCUCUUCCAGUUCAAAAGGUUGAUGAUCCAAUGGGGAUAACUGAAGAAGCCUCGCAUGUUCCUCCUCGGAAGCGACAGAAUCUUCUCCUAGAAAUACCAUCAAGAACAGAAGAGAGUUCUCAAGAUUUUGUUGCAAUCAAAAUGCCACCAACACCAAGUUCCAAUCCCACUCCUACUCCAAAGAGAGUGAAUUUUCUUGUCAGUUCUCGCUCUGUUGAUCCUCCUACACAUAACUCUCCUGGGCCUUCCACAUCAAGAGGAAAAUCAGCCAUAAGAAGCCUGCUCCCAAAACUGAGCUUCAGGUAUCGAACACCAGCAGCAGAUGUUGGAAAGUCAAAUACUGCAGCUCCAGAAGUUUCCUCUUCAGGCAUUGGAGAAAAGCCUUCAAUUGCAAGAUCGUUGUCUCUUACUAAGAUAUUUACUCCUAGGAUUAAGAGAACGUCAUCAUUACCACUAGAUGAAAUUAGACAAUCAAACAAUGAAUCUUCUCAUGGUGGAAGUGUUGGUGGUCCUCUAAAUAAAAAAGAAGCCCAGAGGAAGAUAGCUCGCUCUCUUUCAGUACCUGCCAACAACAAAGACAAAAGCUUAAGGAGGAUGGAUUCAUUUUUUCGCAUUGUUCCUUCCACUCCUCGAGUAAAGGAAGGAGAUGUAUUGGUAGACACAUCAACAAACGAUACUGAAAAUGAAGAUGCUAAUGGUGAAGAUAUAGCCGAAGAAGAGGCUGUGUGUAGAAUCUGUCUGGUUGAUCUGUGUGAAGGAGGUGAGACCUUCAAGUUGGAAUGCAGCUGCAAAGGUGAACUUGCACUGGCUCACCAAGAAUGCGCUAUUAAAUGGUUUAGUAUAAAGGGUAACAAGACCUGUGAUGUGUGCAAAGAGGAAGUUCGGAACCUACCUGUCACUCUAUUAAGGAUCCAAAGUGUUCGAAAUCGGAAUAAUGGUGCAAAUAGGUCUCAGCUGGAAGAUGCAAACGGAUACAGGGUAUGGCAGGAAGUCCCAGUUCUUGUCAUUGUCAGCAUGCUGGCGUAUUUCUGCUUUCUUGAGCAGCUAUUGGUUGGAAAAAUGAGUACUGGUGCAAUUGCCAUAUCUCUUCCAUUUUCCUGUGUACUGGGUCUACUUUCCUCCAUGACAUCGUCAACCAUGGUGAAGAGCAGGUUCAUCUGGAUUUAUGCUUCUGUCCAGUUUGCUAUGGUGGUUCUCUUUGCGCAUAUUUUUUACUCCGUGGUUCGUGUGCAAGCUGUUUUGUCUAUCCUUCUGGCCACAUUUGCUGGUUUUGGUGUGGUGAUGAGUGGCAGUUCUAUUCUCGUGGAGUUUUAUAGAUGGAGAAGAAGAUUGCAGGCAUCAGAACAGCGACAAGGCCCUCAAUUGAUGCCACAAACAGGACAAAAUCCACAAUCUUCAAACACUCCUAAUUCAGAUUCAGGUUCAGGUCCUUCAAAUCACAGUCAACCUGUGGUGCAAAAUGAACAGAACUCAAAUCAGAGUUGAAUUGAUUUGUUUGUUUGGCUUCUCUUAACACUAGAGGAUGCAACUCAUUGUUUUUCAUUAUUGAUUUGGAAGUACUUAUCGUGUAUAGGGAAUUAGACUUUAUUACAUUUUUACAUCUUCACCAGACUUCAUUGUACAGCUUAUGGCAGCAAGCAAUAGUGACUUAGAAUAUAGCUUCUCAUGCUAUGGAAUUUCUGUUUUUUAAUUUGUGAUGGGAAUUACAAUUUUCAGCACACUAAAACCAGAAGGCGUCUGGUCUUCUUUUUUGUAGUCUUGGGUGAGAGAAUGCUUUUGUUUUUGUUCAGAGUGGAGAACAAGUCUUUUUAGUUCA